AUGGACGCCGUCCGCUGGAAAAUUGGAGAUGGCCGCUGGAGACAGUCGCCUAAUCACGGGAAGGACCAAGUGCCAUCCUCCCGGUCUGCAGGAAAGAGCGAAAACGCGAGGCAGGAGCACACUCGGCCUGUCGAGGCAAGAGGAAGGACCAGACGAGAUCCCCCCAGCAUUCCUUCCCAAGCUGGCAGAUCCGCCAGUUUCCUCGGCUCUCCCGCAUGGUCGCCCUGCACACCCAAUUGGCGCGCCUUCCCCAUUAAACCGAAUCUAGACAACCGCUCCGCCGUCCUUUCCACGAGCGGUUUAUCCUCCGUUGCCGGCUCCCGCGACCAGCCGGCAGCCCCCGCCAGCCCACUCCAACCACCAGCUUCGAGCAACAUGGCGGCCUCCGAAGACCAGGGCACCGCCCCUCCGGCCGCUCCUGUUGGUGUAGAGGACAAGGUUGCUACCGAGAAUGCUGCCGUUGAGCAGACCGAGGUCGACGAGGCUGAGCAAGCGGCUGAAGGUACGUCAGACGACUGGAGAUCCAUGCUCGUCCCCGUCACGGACACGCAAAUCGCCGCUGUGCCGAAUUGGCGUGUUUUACUAACCGGCUGUUGUGUGCAGAGUCGCUCUACAACCUCACAAUCGUCCUACCGCACUCGUCCGAGACGCUGA